GUCAGCCUGCGUGGGGCACUCUCUUUCUCCCCUGUCUAUCGUGCGUUAGUCCUGCGGAUCUAAUACAAGCCAUCAACGAGACUUUCUAGUUACUGGACACAAAUGCGGGCAUACCCGGCAUAAGACUCCGGCUCUAAGAGUUAUCAACACUCUAGAGUUAGCUUUCUCCAUCGUCCUUGCAAGGAAACGAAAGCAAAGCCCGUGCCAGCAACGAUGUCGGGAGGAGUCUCGGAGGAGGAGCUCGCUGCGAAACUCGGAGAAGUCGAGCGAACGCUGACGGCCCGCUUUGAAGAACAGCAGGCAAAGGCUGAGGGAAGGAUGGAGAAGCUCCUUGGUCGCUUCGAGGGACUAUUGCUCCAGCAGUCCGCACGAGACGGAGGAGGAGGGUCACACGGCGCCGCGAUGGAUGGGGGCGCUGUGGGCGGUGCGGUUGGAUUCCAGGAGGGAACCGGGAGGAUUUCCGCCGCGGGGAACCUACCCAAGACUGUGGGGCCUGGCGCUCGGGACAGCGGCGGCGUCAGCGGUGGAGUAGCGGGCGGCACAACACACGAGCCUGUUGAUCGCGGGACAAGCACUCGGUCCGAGAGAGCUGGAGUAUGGCAUUCAUGGCGAUUCUGGUGACCACUCGUCGCAGAGGAGCAAAAACACAGCGCGGUUUUUCUCCUCUGCGACGAGUCGGCAUUCACCAGAAUCGCCAUGAAUGCCAUACUCCAGCUCUCUCGGACCGAGUGCUUGUCCCGCGAUCAACAGGCUCGUGUGUUGUGCCGCCCGCUACUCCACCGCUGACGCCGCCGCUGUCCCGAGCGCCAGGCCCCACAGUCUUGGGUAGGUUCCCUGAGGCGGAAAUCCUCCCGGUUCCCUCCUGGAAUCCAACCGCACCGCCCACAGCGCCCCCAUCCAUCGCGGCGCCGUGUGACCCUCCUCCUCCGUCUCGUGCGGACUGCUGGAGCAAUAGUCCCUCGAAGCGACCAAGGAGCUUCCCCAUCCUUCCCUCGGCCUUUGCCUGCUGUUCUUCAAAGCGGGCCGUCAGCGUGCGCUCGACUUCUCCGAGUUUCGCAGCGAGCUCCUCCUCCGAGACUCCUCCCGAUAUCGUUGCUGGCACGGGCUUUGCUUUCGUUUCCUUGCAAGGACGAUGGAGAAAGCUAACUCUAGAGUGUUGAUAACUCCUAGAGCCGGAGUCUUAUGCCGGGUAUGCCCGCAUUUGUGUCCAGUGACUAGAAAGUCUCGUUGAUGGCUUGUACGAAGUAUUAGAUCAGCGCAAAUAUCUAUCAGGUGUUGUCUCCAAAAAAAAAGGGAGGGGCAUCUGCACGCGCCCCCAGAUGUAGGGGGGGCAGCGACAGCAGACGCACCCCAGAUGUGGGGCAGUAAUUUUUUAACUGGCGCGUUCCCAGGUGCAAUGAGGGCGACGCGAGUCCAAGCCCUCCAGAUGUAGGCGAGGGCAGCAGUUCUUCACCGGCGCGCCCCCAGAUGUACGGGGGGCGACACGGGUAUUUUCGGCUGGGCGGUUCUCCAGAUGAAGGGGGAAGCAGCAAGGUCAUCACAGAUCUCCGCCGGCGCACUCCCAGAUGUAGGGGGGGCAGCGUAGGCAUUUGUUUUUGCAGUCGGCGCGCUUACCAGGGUGGCGAGCAGCAGCGGGGGUCUUUGCUAGUGGGUUGGAGGAGCCGGAGCCCGCUCGGCAACGGAGGCAAGACCCCUGCCGAGACCGACAAUUUUCGGUUGGCACCGGUAGCAGAGAAUACUCGUAGCAGUUUUGAGUUUUUUGUGUGUAGUCGCAAAAUAUGGGAGGGAAUCCAAUGUUGCGUUAAACCGAUGUUAGUGAACGUGCAUGUCUCUGACGACCUCCCCUUAAUAGUCGCUACCGUGUUUGUAUCGUAUCAAUGUUUUCCCUUGCUGUUUGAAUUAGUCGCGUAGGACAUUCGCAACCGCGAAACUCAAAGGCUGGAUGUCACGGGGGAGCACUGUGGCAUUCCAUGCGCAGUGACGUUUUAGGUAUUGAUCUGAUUUUCUGUUUGUUGCGUGAGAGGUCGUUCCAACGCUCGCAAUCCAAACUGCCGGGCCCCCUGACACGCAAUUUGUUGAAUGAUUGUGUUUGUUCAUGCCUGUUGCUGCAUUUUAGCCAGCGUUGGUAUUUUGAUGUUUGUCUUCCCCUGAAAAUGUUGAGAUGAUCAUCCGAACCAUCGAUGUAGUUUGGUCCGCUUGUUAUGUCGCUAUGUUGGGGAAUUGGAGUAGUUGAGAUGACAACGAGCAUGUUUUGUUUUGUGAUCGUAGAACCAUUGCGAGGGUUUUUGGCUCGGCGGCCGGGUUUUCCCUUGCAACCCAUUUUUUCUGUGUGAUUUUCGGUGAUACCCGAGCACGUUGAGCAACACACGGUGAUGGUUAAUUACUAAUGUAAGGAACCAAGGAGAGUGUUCGUAGGAGGGUGUUCGUGUGUGUGCGUAUGUGGGAAGGAUCUGAGGACGGUUCUGUGUUCCGUAGAUGAAGGGACAUACGAUGGUACCUUUUGUGGUAGACUUUCGAUGAGUCAGCGGUGCCCCCAUGCUGCG